GUAACAUUGUUAUGUAGUCAAAUCAAAUUGGACUUUGUUCGUCGUUCUGAAUUUCUUGUAGUGGUUUUUAUAUUUUUAUUUUCACUUACUGUUUAUUUACGUGAGAAACUUGUAGAGCUAUUAUUUCUUUAUUUUUUUCCAAAUAAGUUACAUUUUUUAGUAUGGCGUCGUUUAUUAAAUCCAUCAUUUUUAAUCAACCGAAAAAAGUUGCUAGCACAUUGUUAAGAACAUACUCAGCCAAAGCUGAUGUCACUCAAUAUGAAACACUGGCCGUGUCUGUACCAAAAAAGAAUGUGUUUCAUGUAGAAUUAAACCGUCCAGACAAAUUGAACACAUUCAAUGAAGCUCUCUGGCAAGAUCUGGGUGCAUGUUUUAAGGCACUGCAUGAGAAUCCUGAAUGCAGAGUGGUCGUCUUAUCGGGCAGGGGGAAGCAUUUUACAGCCGGUAUUGAUCUCAAGAGCCUUCUAUCUGGUUUUACCAAAAUCAACGAGGUGGAGGAUGCAGCGCGUAAAGCCAGAUUAUUUUACGAGUUGGUCAAAAGAUUCCAGACUUACAUAACUGCUGUGGAGGACUGCACGAAACCGGUGUUAAAUGUGGUACACCAAGCGUGCAUCGGUGCUGGCGUGAACUUGACCACCGCCGCUGACAUCAGAUACUGCACGGAGGACGCCUGGUUUCAAGUGAAAGAGGUACAGAUCGGCCUGGCCGGCGAUGUUGGUGUGCUACAGAGGUUGCCCAAAGUGAUCGGCAGCGCGUCGGUUGCCCGCGAGCUGUGCUACACGGCGCGGAAGGUGACGGCGCAGGAGGCGCUGAGCAUAGGGCUGGUCAGCAGGGUCUUCCCCGACAAGGACGCCGCCAUAACCGAAGCGUUGAAUGUAGCUGAGACCAUCGCGAGCAUGAGCCCGGUGGCUGUCCAGGCGACCAAGCAGAACUUGGUCUACUCGCAGGACAGGACCGUCGCCGAGGGUCUGGAGCAUAUUUGUUUAAUAAACGCCAUAAACCACCAGAGUGAGGACAUAACGAAGGCAGCUAUCGCCCAAGCGACCAAGAGUGGCCAACCAGAGUUCGACGACUUGUAGUUGAUAUUAUUUAUAUAUUUUUUAUAUAGAUAUUAUAUAUCUAAAAUUAUAUGUAUAUAUAUAUAUAUAUAUAUAUAUAUAUAUAUAUAUAUAUAUAUAAUCAUUAUCUUAUCCUUAUCCCAAUUAUUAUUUGGGGUCGGCGUAAUAUGUUUUUUGUCCAUAUUACAAAAAGAUUUGGCUUAAGGAUAAGAUAAUGAUUAUAUAUAUAUAUAUAUAUAUAUAUAUAUAUAUAUAUAUAUAUAUAUAUAGUUUUUGUAUUUUAUGCACGAAAAAUUAUUAAUUCACUCUUGCGCCACCAGCCCAUUUCUAUCUGUUCUCCUUUAACCAAAGGUUGUCUGUAAGAGAUCACCCUAGCGAUAAGACCGCCUUUUGUACCCUUUAUGUAUAUAUUUCAGUCUGUAUUUAUGUUACUAUAUUUCACUUGAAUUAUUCACUUGUCAUUGUAUAUUGUUAUUUAUGGUGCAAUAAAGAGUUCAAUAAAUAAAUAAUUGUUUAUUGUGAAAUAUAUUUAUUAUUGUUAUUCAGAACUUGUAAUAUUCAAUUUAAUUUAAUGUUUUUCAUUUUUUUUUGUAUGAUCAUACUUAUUUUCAGAUACAAUGUACAUACUUUCUUCACGCCAGCUCCCAUUUAGAGGGAAAAAGUCAAUAACCUCUGUAAUAAUUAUUUAUAUAUUUUUGUGAUUUACCAUAAGACUAAAAUGUAUUUUUAUACUAAAUACUUUAUUGAAAUGUUGAAUUUGUAAUAAAUUGUUAGCAAUUAA